AUGGGAGACGUACAGCCUCAAGAGGCCCGACUCAUCCGAGAUUGCGUCAAAGAGGACCGUCCAAAUGUUCUCGAGUUCAUGAUUGAGAACCUAGCCGCAAGAUGGGAAGUCAAGAACGGCAAAGUCCUGAUACAACUUGCCAACUCCAAAGGUCAAACAUUCAUUCACCUUGCUGCCAAAGCCAAUGCUACGGAUAUCAUCGACUACUGUCUGAAGGAGGCCCACUUUGAAAGUGCGAAAAUUGGCAACGAUACGGACGAUGAAGACACCGAGAAUACCACCAAUGGCAACGUUAAGGUUAAGGACGACGCACGAAUUGCGUUUGUCAAUGGGCAGGACGACCACGGCUUAACUUCACUCAUGAUUGCUGCCGGCGAGGGAAACAUCGACAGCUAUGACUUGUUUGAGGGACAGGACAGGGAGCGAAGGGACCACGACGACGUGGUCGAGAUACUGAUCACAAAUGGUAUCGAUGCCAAAAUCGUCAACAGCAAUGGACAGACGGGCAUGGAUGCUGCGCUGAUGAACAGCGCGGACGAUACCAUUCCUGCUAUCCACUACUGCCUUGACCAAAAGCGGUUCCUCGAGUCUGAGCGGGAUCUGAGAAAAGCAUUCAUCAGCCAAAAGGAUAACCACAAUCCCACGGCACUCCACACUGUGGCGAAAAGGGGCCUCAUCGACACUUACGGUGCCCUCCUGGAAGCUGAAGCCGACCAAACCGCCAAGGAUGAUAAAGGACAGAAUUUGCUGCAUUUCGCAGCAGCCUCAGGCAACAAAGACUCUGACAACCAUCAGACCGCAUUGCACGUUGCAGCUGCAAACAAUCACACCGGAAUCGUCAUCUUUCCCUUGGAAAAGGGUAUUGAUCCCCACAUCGAAGACGAAGACGAAGAGACUGCAAUGCCCUUAGCGUACACUACCGACGCUGUCGACGUGGUCGACCUGUUCGUGGAGCGGGAGCUUUGGGAGGCAGAUUACAGUGAAGACAGUGACGAGGACACCGACGAGACAGAAUGA